AUGUACUCGUCAGCUCCACCGCCACAACCACCUCAUCGGCCGUCAUUACCGCAUGAAGCAAAGCAUGCCCAUCACCCUGGCCCACCACCUCAUUACAACAAUAUGCCAACGCAUGACUCACGUUUUUAUAUGCAUGGUCAAUAUCUAGAUAUCAGGCAUCCUCCAAACCCUGUCGAUCCUUCACAUCCAACAACACGUCCACCACCAACAGGUUGGGUUCAGGAAAUGAAUCAAGCCCCACCACAUCCACCACAUCGUGAACAUCCGCCUCCUCAUCAUCAUCCACCACCACCAUCAACAACAAUGCAACGACCACCAGCAGCUACGAUGGCAUCUUACGAUCAUCCAAUACAAUCAUCAUCAUCAUCAACCAUGUUUUCUUUACAAUCGUCUUCAUCAUCAUCACUACCAGCAUCGAAACGUUCACGCGUUGUUAUACCCUCCAAACGAGCAGCACAGAAUCGAGCAGCACAACGUGCAUUUCGUGAAAGAAGAGACAAGUAUAUCAAAGACCUGGAAAAGAGAGCAAAGGAGAUGGAGAAUUGGCCAGAGGAAAUGGAGCAAUUGCGGGGAGAAAAUCGGCAUCUUCGAAAUACAGUGGCUGCUCUAGAAAGACGAAUAGCAGAGUUAACAGGUCAAACACCCAUAUCCAGCAAUGCAAGUACUGGUAGCGAUAAAGCAAUGCCUUCUUCACCACCACAACAACAACAUCCACCACAUCCAUUACAUGUAUCACCUCCUCCGAUAUCAUCAAAACCUGAAGAACAACAGCCAUUGUCAUCAUCAUCGAUAUCUACAACAGCAUCUCCUCCAUCUCCUCCUCCACCUCCUCCUUCUUUACAACGACAAUCUCAGUCAAUGGUAUCACCAUCACAACAACCACCGCCACCGAAUAAUGAUAUUCAACAGCAGCAACAACAGCAAGAUGAGAUGUUGGCUGUUUCUUCACAACAACAACAACCUCCACCACCACCUACAGUGACAGUAUCAUCAGCUGCUGAAGAUACAACAGGACCUGUUCAACAAAAAAUUCCAUUACGACCUCCUCAUACAAUGCCAUCAUCCUCGUCCUCCUCGCCACCAUCACAACCACCAACGUCUUCAUUACCACCACCACAACCUUCUUCAUUAUCUCCUUCACGUUCGGAUCAAUUGACACCUACCGCUCAACAACAACAACACCACCACCAUCAAGAAGGUGCCAUUCCUCCCGAAAUGGCCGUUGCUGGUAUUCCACCUGAACAACAAGACCUUUGGAGUGGAUUUGAUCAAUUCGAUUUGGAAUUUGCAUUCGACUCUUAUUUCCAAGAUGAUUUCGCUGUUGCUGGUGGAGGUGGAGGAGUCCCUAGUAAUAAUAAUACAACACCGAGCGGCGAUCCAUUAAUACAAGAGUACAAUAUCAACAAUAGUGGGCAGGUACUGGAUGACCUGUUUGCCAUGCUACAAACACGACAACGACCCGAAAUACCCUUGCAACCUACCGCCACCACCACCACCAUGACAUCGGAAAUGCAGAGCAGUUCUCCCCAUGUUUUACCAGGUGGUGAUCCUACUACAACAACUACUACUACAUCAUCAUCAUCAUCAGCAACAACCUACAUGACUUUAUAG